AUGUUUAAUUCAUAUAAUAAUAUUAAUAACAAUAAAUCCUGGGUUGAUUUAGGAGUAGGAAACAUGUACCAUAUAACAUAAUUUAAUGAUUAAACUGAAGAAUAAGAAGAAUUUAUAGCCGUAUAUGCUAAUAAAACAGACGAAUUAGUCGAAACUACAGAACUUGAUUAAUAGGAAAUAAGUAAAUUAGUCAGAAAUCUUGAAGAAAAAUUAAUAAUUUAAUUUCGUUUUAAUCCAGAAAACUAUUAUGAAAGGCAAAAUGGUAAAAUAUAAUUUGUGACUUAAAUAUAAAAUAAUUAAAUAAAAGAUACAAUAGUAAUUUGUAGAGAAAAAGUAACAUCCUUUGAAUUUGCAAUAAGUUUUACUGAUUCAUAAUAAACAAAUGAAUUUUGGGAAUAUAUUAAAAAAAAUAACGGAGUAAAUAUAAAUGAAGGAAGUUCUUAUAAUGAUAGAAAUUAUGGAAAUAUAGAACCGGAAAUGCCUUCACAUUAAAGCUUAUAAGAAAUAUUAUAAAGUUUUGAUAGUGAUUUCGAUUUCUAUGUUACUGCUAUUAUGAAUAAACCAGAAUAUAUAAACAAAUUAUUUGAAAUUUUCGAAGAGUUAGAAGAUUUGGAAGAUUAUGAAAAGCUUAAUUUAAUAUAUUAGAUUGUUAGAAAAAUAUAAAUCAUUUUUUAUAACUGCCUUGGUGCUUUGGAAUGUAUUUAUAAUAAAUUAAAACCCAUUAUAUUUAGAAAUAAUAUUGAUAUAUUAGAAUAUAUUAAAUAAAAUGAAUUUAUAAAAGAAUUCAGUGAUAAGUUUUUUAAUAAUUUAAAUGACUCUAUAUAAUUUACUAGUGAAAUUAUUAAAAAAUACGAAAAAGAAUUGAUUGAAAAAAGAAUUUUAGAUAGAGAAAAAUUUAGAGAUUCAAUAGGAAUAUUAGGAUUAGAUUAUGUAUAAUUUUCAAGUGAUAGAAUAUUUAAUGUUAUAGCAGGAUAAACAGGAAUAAUUACUUUCUCAAAAUUUCUUUAGUAUUAUGACAUUAUUAUUAAUGGUGAAGAAUCUGAAUAAAUUAAAAUUUCGUUUAAACUUAUUGACGUUUAAUAAAAAGGAUUUUUUAUUAAGGAAGAUCUUUCUUCAAUGAUUAAUAGCAUUGUUCGAUCUUGGGCUGCAUUAACUUAGACAUAAUUAAAUUAAAAAAAAUUUAAUAUUUAAUAGAUCAUAUAUUUAAUGUUAUGGAUUUGAAAUAAAUUGGAAAAGUUUAUUUGGAUGAUUAUGAAAAAGCAAUUUAAAAAUAUCCUGAUUUAUUAGAAAUAUUUGACUUUUUAAAUAAAGGGGCGACAGAUUAUGUAUAAAAUGAUUAAAUUAAUAAAUUAUAUAAUGAAAUUUUUUAAAUCGAAAAAUAAAUCGAUAAUUUGUAAAAUUUUCUAUAGGGAGAUUCUGAUAUAUUUUAAGAAUAUAAUAACUAAGAAAAUAUAUAAUAAGAAAAAAGUCCUUAUUUUAAUCGUUUUAAUGGAGAUACUUAAAAUAAUUAGUUUGAAAAAAAAACUUAAUUUAAUGAUU